CGGCAGCGCAGCUGGAUCCAAGUGUGAAGCACCAAAUCAGUGAUUUGGGGAGGAGUGUUGCAGCGAUGCAACAACAUUUCGAAGAGGAACGUGUUCGGAAGGAAAAUCGCUUGCGUCGCAAGCAGGAAAAGGAGGAGGAAAUAUGGCGGGAGGAGCAAGCGAGAGCCCAUGAGGACGAGGAACGAGCUAUCCGAGAAGCUAAGGCUAAGAAGAAGAAGGAUCGAUUGAGGUGUGAAGCGGAAAGUCGGGCGGAACUGAAGAAGGACUUAGGCAUGCAAUUGGUGAUGCAGGUUAGCGAGAUGGAGGAAAAAUUCGUGCAACGCAUGAAGAGGGCGCUCGCUGAGCUACAGAAGUUACCGAGUGGAAAGGGUAAGGGAGUCAAGCAGUUUUCGGACACCGAUGUUAGUGGUAGCGGGAGUGAAGCCAGCGUUAUGCAGGAAUUGAGCGAGAGGACGACAUGUUUGGUCAUAUCGGAGAAGUGGAUGAGGGGGCCAGACAAGGUGGUGGGGGACAACCCAACGAUUCAGUCAUCUGCUAAGCGUACGCCGAGACAGCGUCGUAAGCAAGCGACCUUUGCCGGGAGGAUGACUCGGGCGCGAGCGAAGGUGGUCAAGUCACCCGGAUCAGUCAAACGAACCACACCGGUUCGUACUCCAUUAUCUGCUGCUAAGAGACAAGUACUGUCGUUGACACCAGGAUUGGCGACUCCGAACGCAAAAGGCUCCUUGGCGAGAUACAAGUAUCGCAUCUUGGCGAUGAUGGGUCUGAAACAGCUGGAUGCCAACGAGCUGCAACGGAUCUGCCGGGAUGAAGGGAUACCUUACGAUGGUAAGAUUGACGUGAUCUUCGAUAUUGCCGACCAUCGUACUUACCUGCACUUUGGUGAGGAGCAGGCACCGCUCAAACCGAUCGAAACCAUCCGUAUCGAGGACUCAGAGACAACUAAGUCCCCCGAGGACCAGGAAGAUGAUGUCGCAUAUUGAUGUGGCUUGCGAGUGCCUCAGCUAUAGGCGAUUUGCCAUUUCCUAU